AAGGAAGGGAGAACCGAGAUUGGGAAGGAGGAGGACUCGAGUGUGGACGGCGGUGGUAAGGUUGCGGAUAACGCCUGAAAACAUGUGGAAUCCCAACCCGGGACAACCAGGGCCAAAUCAAUACCCUCCUCCAGCCGGCUGCUACCCCGGAGGUCCCAAUCCACCCCCUCCUUGCAACCCGGCUUUUCCUCCUGGUCCCCAACCUCCUCCAGGACCUCCCCACUGCAAUCCAGCUUUCCCCCCAGGGGGACCUCAUCCUCCUCAUCCUCCUCAUCAUCCCCAUCAUCCUCAUCAUCAUCCUCCUCACCAUCCUGUGCCACAGCCAGGAUGUCCAGGCUGCCAUCCCUCAGGUCCCCACCCUCCUCCCUACCCGCCUGGCCCCUGCAUGCCUCCUGGGCCAGGAAUGGUGAUGGAUAAGAAGAUGCGCAAGAAAAUGAAGAAAGCUCACAAGAAGGCACACAAGCACCACAAACAUGGCAAGCACUCCUCCUCCUCCUCCUCCUCCAGCAGUGAUUCUGACUGAAUGCAGGGCCCGGACCCUCCCCUCAAGCCUCACCAGUUCUGCUCUCCCGCCAAGCUUCAGAUGCCAUGUUCUCCUGGGCUCCAGAGCCCCGGGUCCUGCACCCCCGCAGCCCACCCCGCCUGAGCCUUUCUUUACCCUGCUGUUCGGCCCCCCGACUACCUAGGGAAAAAAACAGGAAGAAGAUUGCCAUGGGUUUUUUUUGUUUGUUUUUUGUUUUUGCUUAAGCAGGGGGGCUGUUUUCUGAAGAUAUUGAGCUAAAUGCUGAAGACAAGUUUAAGAUCUGAAACACGUGAUUUUUUUUUUUUUCUCUGUCAUACUUGUGAUUGAGGGAAGGGGUUUGUGGACAUUCUGACUCUGGAAAAUAAUCUGUACAUUUGUUCUGAUGGUGGCAGAGAUGUUUGCCAGCAGGCCUUUCAAUUGAUUGCCGACCGCGAGGCUGCUGGGAAGUUCAGGGUCAUUUGGUUAAUGAGCUUUGAGUGCCAUUUUGGAACAGAAUCUCAGUCCGCAGUGAAAGAUGCUGUCUCUGAUCUUUUUGUUUCCCACCUCUGGGUCCAAAUAAAGCCAUUUCUCCUGG